GAGCCCUGCCAUUGGAUAAGCCGGUGGCCGGCCUUCGCUCCCGGGAAAAUGGCGGAGGUCAGGAGGAGGUUGUUGAGUUAUAGCAAGAAAUACUCUACAGUCCAAGCGUCUUCGGUGCCUUAUUUAUGGUUGUGUAAUGUGACGUCACAUCACCCCCCUGAUGAUGCGCAUAAACUAACUCAUAGUGUGGUGUUGUAUGGUGCUAAGACAAGAAAACACUCCAUUAAAGGAAUUUGGAAUGGAGUUCCUAAAACAGGGAAGCUAACAUGUAUUACCUCAAGUAUGUUUGGAAGCCAAAAGGUGAUGGUUGUGGGAAACCCAAUUUACGACAGAUCAAAGAUACGCUGCUUUUCUCAAACCACUUAUGUAAGAGCAUCUAAUAAUUAUUAUAAUGGGACACACCAUCGUAGCAACAAUGAGUCUCAAGCUUUAUCUCCUCUUUACAGAAGCCGUACUGCCUAUUAUGAUAUUCUGGAGGUCACUAAAAGAGCCACCCAAUCACAAAUCAAGACAGCCUAUUAUAAGCAGUCCUUUCGCUUCCACCCAGACCGCAAUUCAGGAAGUGAGCAAGCUGCCAACCGUUUUAGUGAGGUCAGCGAGGCUUACUUGGUCUUAGGAAGUGUUCACCUGCGUAAGAAGUAUGACCAUGGCAACUUGAGUUGGGAAGAUGUCCGCACUGCCGGGAAACCUAAUGGGAAAGAAGACAACUCUCCAAGGAGAGAUAUCUCUUCUCGUAGGGGGGCAUCAACUAGCACCUCAUCGCGCUUCCCUUCUAAGCCCAUGUUUGAUUUUGAUGCAUUUUAUCAAGCACAUUAUGGGGAGCAGCUGGAACGUGAACGAUUCAUUAAAGAGAGGCGCGAGCAGAUUCAAAGGCGUAAAAAUGAGCCAAAAUAUAAAUGGCGGUUCUAUAAAAUAGGCGAAAUGUCAGCUAUACUGCUUCUGCUUUCUGCCAUGCUCCUACUAAUGUCUCUGAAAUAAGAACUGCCCUCUUAGUCUGUGUACAUUGUUUACAAGAUUCUUUCAUUGGUGAUGAAAAAAACGGAUUCUUAUCAAAGGAUAUCUAGUAUUUUGAGAACCAUUUAUUUCUGUAAACGUUAUUUUAAAAAAAAAAAACUUUGUGCCAUCUUGCUUUUAAUAUGUUUUCAAGCACAAAGCAACCAUCGUACUAUGAUCACCUGUUGCACUGGACAGACUUGGAUAACUCUUUCUUUGGACAUGAUGAAAAUAUAUGAAAUUUGCUAUGGUUUGGAAAACACACAGACUGCUUUUUACAUUUUCCUGUAUAUUGCUGCUGUAGAAGGCGGUGUAUGACGUUAAAUAAUCCAUAAGAGUAUUGUUUCUGCCUUAUGAAAAUUAUUUUCUAUGCUCGGUUUGUCUGAGAAGUGAUCUAUGUAAAAGCAGUUUUCUUCUGAUUUCUACCUGGAACCAUGUAACCUAAUACUACAACUAUGAGUCUAAACGCUAUGGUAAAUCUGUGUGUGGUAUUUUAAAUUGUUUUGUUGGCCACUCAGAUUUUGCGUCAUGCUGUACUAGUAAAGUACAAAGCAACAUAUUUAUUUUUUACACCAUCGGUUUUAUUUAUGAUUCUAAGUUGUAAACCUUCCUUCGUCAUAGCAAGUAGUUUAUUUCAUUUAUGACCUGAAACUUCCAACUAUGUGGUACAUUUCUGAGUAGUUUGGCAUCAUGUACCUCACAUAAAAUAAAGCUCUGUUCAUUACAUUACUGGGUUAUGUCUGCCUAGGCUAUUCUGUACAAAAAUGAAAACUGAACCGCAAAAGUUGGCACGAAUAAUUUAUAUAAUCAAUUUAGAUGCAUGUGAUUUGAAAUAUACAUGAAGGAAGCUUUGUUAAUAGUGUUCCUGAUCCGUUUAAGUGACCUUAAAGUGCAAUUUUGUUCCCUACUCUUGAAUUAUUUCUGUUGAUAUUUUUUUUAAUUAAUGUGACAUGAGAGGAACAGAUGGGGCAGGUUAGAGUGCCUACAUACUUUGCACAUGAAGUGGUGUACUCCUAUAAUUGUAAUAUUUUAAACUAUAGAAAGUACAUUCUAUUCAAAAAAGAAAAAAAAAAUAUUUUAUGGUAAAAUUAAAAAUGUAAAGGGGAUUGUUCGCAAAAAAUUGUGUACAUAUUCCAAAAAGUGAAAUGAAACAUGAAAAAUUAAAAAUACUGAAUGGUAGUGUAUGUAUAUGUGUAUUAUAUAAUAUAAUAAAUAUAUAUAUAUAUAUAUAUAUCUCAAAUUAAAUAUGCAAAACAAUUUAAACUAAACUGCUGUAUCUGUACAGUAAAAUAUAUUUCUUAAAGCAAAAAUAUUGAAAUCUGUACAGUCUCUUGAUUUUUUUUUUUUUACUAUUUCAUGUAUUUUGACAAUGGACAAUUUUGUAUGGAACACAGGAGAUAGCGAUAUGUUUUCUAGGAGCCUUGGGAAGAUUUUAUGUAUAGAUAUAAGUUGGUGCAUAAUAAUUCUCAGGAUCUAGGGAGUUCUGUCUCCUAACAUUAUACCUCUGGCUUGCACUUUUUAAUUUAUUGGUCAUAUAUCUGUAUAUGUAGUCUUCCCUGGAUCCUUCAAGUUGUACCUUGUGCUUCAAUAUUCUGGCUGAGACUUAUAGUAUCAUGAAUUUAGAACUGCUACAUAAAGAAUAACUAAAAAAGGAGGCACGGUACAUUUCCAGUAUUCCUGCUAUUGUUCAUUUUGUGAUGUAUACUCAUCAGUCAUUAUUAAAGGACCAGUAAAUACAGUACAGUAGAUUAUCAACAAAUACAUGAUAAAAAGACAAUGCAGAAGCAUGUAGUCUGAACUUCAAAUCAAUAGUAGAUUUUCUUUUCUGACAGUAGAUUUUUUUUUUUUCUGACAAAUUUUCUAAGCUAUGUCUAUUUCCACUUUCCCUGUAUCAUGUGACAGCCAUCAGCCAAUCACAAAUGCAUAAACAUAUAUUCUGAUAAUUCUUGCACAUGCUCAGUAGGAGUUGGUGAUUAAAAAAGUGUAAAUAUAUAAAGACUGUGGGCACUUUAUGUUAAUGGAAGUAAAUUGGAAAGUUGUUCAAAAUUGUAUGUUCUACCUGAAUCAUAAAAGUUUAAUUUUGA